UUUUCAUUUCCAGACAUGAAAUUCCUCGCUUUUUUCCUCGUUGCCGCCUUUGUUGGUGCCCAGGCAGACUUCGUCCAGUUGAAUCUGGACAAUGAGAUCUCUGCUAUGGUCAAUGAGAUCCACUCUGCCCGCGAGGCGCGUGAGACCAACAUUCUCGAGAGAGCUACCACCACCGCCCUGGGACAAACUCUGGAGGAGAAGUUGAAGAAUGUUACCGACAAAAUCAACAACCUGUUGUCCACUGGUCACUCUGUGGGAAAAGCUCUUCUGGAACAGGCCAAGACCCUGACCGCGCAACUGAAGGAAAUGGGCGGCAAAUAUGUUACCGACGCCAAAGCCAUCCUGGGCAGUCUCAAGGACCAAUUCUCUGGCUUUUUCCAGGGUAUCCUUGACUCUUUUGGCGGUCUGUUUGGCAAACGUGAUCUGUUCGAGAACUUUGAGGAGGAACUUUUGGAUGAACUUCAAUAG